UCUGUCAAAAGUGUAGUGCAAUCAGCGAGAAAUUUGAAGUGCAUCAUUACUAAUGCAAAAAGAAGAUAUCUUCUUUUGCGUUCCUUGAAUAACACAGGUCACAUUUCGGUAUUGCACUGAACGACACUUCUCAGUACGUAAAUACGGACGUAAUGUAACAAAUCGCGAUAGAAUCAACGGAACAUUAUUAUCAAAAAAGAUGGCAUUUAACUUUCCGGCAGUGUCAUACAUCAUAGCAUUGAUUGCGGACGCUUUCCUCAUCUUUUUUUCCAUAUUUCAUGUGAUCGCUUUCGAUGAAUUGAAAACCGAUUACAAAAAUCCUAUCGAUCAGUGUAACAGCCUAAAUCCGCUGGUUCUGCCCGAGUACGCCUUACAUUUGUUGUUCAAUUUGUUCUUUUUGUUCGCUGGAGAAUGGUUUUCGUUGAUGCUGAAUGUGCCGUUGAUUGCUUAUCACGUUUGGCGAUACAAAAAUCGACCAGUCAUGAGCGGACCAGGUCUGUAUGAUCCAACAAGCAUCAUGAAUGCAGACACACUGUCAACAUGUCAAAGGGAGGGAUGGAUAAAAUUGGCUGUUUAUCUCUUAUCGUUUUUCUACUAUCUUUAUGGAAUGAUCUACUCAUUGAUUUCCACAUAAGAUAUGAGCAUCGAAUCGAGAUGGAUUAAGGAAAGGAGUUCCAGUGAACGUGAACUAGAAAUUAACAAAUCGAAUGUUGUUUGUAAGAUAUAACGUAAGAUUCAUCAUCAGGUCCAUCUGCAACAUUAAUUCUAAUUAAUUUCACCGGAACAUGUCCGAAUCAUUUUUCUUGGCAAUUUCAUUGCAUCAGCAUCCCGUUAAGUUUUUUUUUUAUUAUUAUUUUACAUCAUUGCAUCGUCUUCAUUUCAAGUCACACGAAUAACAGUGGGAGGUAAACAAAAUUAUUAUUUUUUUUGUUAAUUGUAAAAGUUAGCCUCGGUGUAUCCAUUGCUCCAUACUUCACUCAAAAUAAACGUUUUUGACUCAAAAUU